AUGGCCCAAAAACCCGAGUCUUUCUGGUCGCCUGGCUCUCUCUCUGGCGCAACAAGAAUACCGCGGCGAUAUGUUCUUGUCCCAAAAAGCCAGCAGACGCUGCUUGAGCGCCAGGACGCCUGGGCUUUGAGCGGCUUUCCCAACAUCCCCGCCGAAGUGCUACAAAACUUGAGAGAUCACUGCGAGCACCUCGACAAAGAAGAGGAACCCCCUGCGUCACAUUUCCUGUCACAGCCCGAGCCCACAGCUCCGGAUUCAGAUCCAGAGUCUCAAGAGGAGAAUGGUGAUGAUCGCGGCACGCCCAUACCAUGGACACCAUCCCCAGUGUCCCCGCGUACUCAGUCUCCGGUCCUUGGCGAGGCGCGGAGCAGAGCGGUGCCAGUUCCAGUAUUUGUGCCGCCGUCCUCGCCACCACCGCCAUCGUUACCGCCGUCCCUGUCGCUGCCGCUGCCAGCGCCCAAGUCUCGUCCGUCAAAGGUCGCCAGACAUGGACCCUUUCCAACAUUCCCUCCUAGCAGUGGUCACGCAUCCGAGAUUGAGUUGGAAGUUGAAGUUCCAAGGGCCAUCACCGACGUAGUGGAAGUUCCAAGGCCUAUCGACGGCGUAUUUGAAGUGCCAAGGGCCACCACCAACGUAUUUGAGCCAACUGCCCCAGCGGUUCCCCUCCCUGAGCCGACACCGCCUUCCGCCCAGUCUACCCUCCCCACCGAACGCACCAGUAUCUCCCCGAAGCCGCCACCAGCCAACACCGACCGCGCCGGCAGCUCCCCGAAGCCGCCACCGGCCAAACGGAAACGUCUCUACCCUAGCGUUGCCAACUUUUUUGGAGAAAACCCUGACAUAACCAUCGAAACAAACUCUGAGAAAAUUCCCCCAAACGGCCCGCCAUCGCAGGUCCCGUACACCGCAUUUACGCUGGCGUAUCCCGACUACCAAGCCGGGCUUACCAACUUUAUCCGAGGUGUUAUAUACAUACAUGAACUUGUUGAGAAGAAAGCUCUCGCCGAGUUUCUUUUCGACGACUUUGUCCGCGUGUUUUGCGGCGACUUCCUCGCUUACAUCGCAUCUCGUAACGAGGGUCCCGUUCUAUCGGCAAUUCAUUAUUACAAUGAAAAUAUUUCGAGGCCACAGUACACAAAAGGGGUUCUCACCAAGAGUAGCAUAAAUGAUGUUCUCGACAAAUACCCAAAGGAGGUUCGUUCCAUCGAAAAGGGCUUGGCUGACCAGAAGAGCGCGCAAACUAAGCCGCGUGGACCGACACCAACGAUCCCUGACCCACACUCCAACACUUCACACGCCAACGACACUCGGACUCCGCACAUCAUUAUUAACCAGGGGCCGGAGCCGACUAUCCAUAUUGGUGAGCUGGCCUCGGACCCCAUUGACACAUCACAACGGCUAGGUGAUCAGCAACGACUACGAGAUCCUCGCAAGGCCCUUUCUCGGACAGGAAGCAACGCGACUAUCCCCAGGUCUAGCGCGCCCCGUCUAUCAGCUGUAGGGGGCCCAAGAGCUUCCAGUAGUUCAGAACGCGAAGAUAUUAUGUCCAGACCGCAGCAAAGCCGACCGAGCAGGCUAUCUCUAGACUUCGAAGUUGUGUUGCCUACCCAGACAGCUACAAGGAGCACCGAUGUGGUCAUGCUAGACGGGACUCCUGUGGUAGAUUCUCGCCCGGCAAGGAUACCGCCUCUGUCGAGCGGCUUGGAGCGAAUACCUGAGACUACAAUCAAGACCAGGGGUACGCCCCGGCGCUCGAAAGAGCCAACGAGUAGCGUCAAUGGAUCGCGGGUAACGAAAGCGAAGAGCGCGGUGUCCGAAGAGGCACUCAAGAGGAAUUUCAGGACCAUUUUCCUCAAACACCAAAAGGCGAAGGCCGCAAGCUCGGCUCCUGAGAGUUAG